UAUAUGAUUUAGAAAUAUCUCAUGCAUUACUCGAUACAGGUUCAGAUGGGUCACAUAUUUCUGGAAAUAUCACAAAUCAUUUUAUAAAAUAUUUUGGGCUAAAAUUAGAUAGAAAAAAGGUUUAUAGACUAACAGGAGCUGUAGGAAAAAAACAUUCUAUUGGGAGCUUUUCUGAUUUACCUGUUACUAUAGGUAUUAGAAAUAAUACCUUAACAAUUUCAGAUGAGUUUUCAGUUUUACCAACAAAAAAAGAUAAUAAUGGUAAUGAUAUAUCAUUAUUUAUUCUUGGUACUAGAUGCCAACAUCGAGCUGGCUGGGAAUCUAUAGUAAAGGGUGAGUUUAUAGCAUCAGCUAAUAGAAAAAGUAUUACUAUUCCACUUUCAGUUUAUAAUAAAGAUGAGGAGGCAAAGCUUCAAAUUUCUAAUUCACUCAAAAAAAAUAAUUA